GAUAGUGGCGUGCGUGAUAUUGAAGCUUUGUGUUGUGCGUGAAAUGUAAGUCGAAUCGCAAACUAUAUAAACCACCAACUUCAUCAUCUUCAUCAUCGCCAUUCACUUCACACUGCACCCUCUCAUAUUAUCAUCAUGGCUCUGCUUCAUCAACAGACAGUGGACUACCCUACCUUCAAACUCGUCAUAGUUGGCGAUGGAGGAACUGGAAAGACCACUUUUGUCAAGAGACACCGCACUGGCGAGUUUGAGAAGAAAUAUGAACCAACCAUUGGUGUGGAGGUUCAUCCACUAGACUUUCACACGAAUCGUGGAAUGAUCCGCUUUAACUGCUGGGACACUGCUGGCCAAGAAAAAUUUGGUGGCCUUAGAGAUGGUUACUAUAUUCAUGGACAGUGUGCUAUCAUUAUGUUCGAUGUCACAGCUCGCUUGACGUACAAGAAUGUUCCCACGUGGCACCGAGACCUCUGCCGGGUGUGUGAAAAUAUACCCAUUGUUCUAUGUGGAAACAAAGUUGACGUCAAGAACAGACAAGUUAAAGCAAAGCAAGUUACAUUUCAUAGGAAGAAGAAUCUGCAGUACUAUGAGAUAUCCGCAAAGAGUAACUAUAAUUUUGAGAAACCUUUCUUAUACCUUGCCAAGAAACUUGCAGGGGACUCUGACCUUCACUUUGUGGAGAUGCCUGCUCUGGCUCCCCCAGAUGUAGUCAUUGAUUUAGCUACACAGCAAUUGAAUGAACAAGAGCUUAGUAUGGCAGCUGCUCAGCCUCUCCCUGAUGAUGAUGAUGAUACAUUUGAGUAGACUUUAGGGCUCCCUAAACCCUUACUAUUUGAUGUGUUAUAUAUGCAGUGUUUAUUUCUUAGUAGCAGUUUCUCAUGCUAUAUGCAAAUGUAAUCAAUAAACAUAUGGAGUUUUAUCACAUUGUAUAUCCCCCUGCUAAAAAUUUUCUCUUAUGAUU